GCUGGCAAAGAGUGCUCCUGGGAGAUUGAAGUUAGAAGACUUUCUAUUUGCGUUGCAACCGCAUACUCCAGAUCACAAACUAGCUUUCAGGGAUCUAUUACGGAUUGAAGAUCGCAAUUCAAAUCAUGUCGGAACCGAGCGAAAAGCUGGUGCAGGGUGCCCAAAUGGCUCAAGCCUUUUUAGGGGCCAAACUUAUCAGCGCCAUUCAAGAGCAAGCACGCGACGAUCUUCCAAGUAAAGUCAGUGCUGAGUACAUUGCCGAAGUGUGUUUCUCCAGUUAUGCUCGCCCCGGACUCGAGUUCAAAGAGAGGUCUUUGGUCAACAUUGGCAUGAUGAUAGCGCUCAACAGAACCCCGGAAUUACGCAUACAUACCGCAGCAGCACUCAACCUUGGUAUUUCGGAGGAAAAGAUCGUAGAGACCUGCCGGCAUGCGAUGAUAUACUGCGGUGUUCCGGCCGGCAGGGAGGCUUUGGCUAUCGCAAGUGAUAUCUUUGCUAAAGUAAAAGGCGCUACAAAGGAGGAAAGAGCAAAGAUGUCCUAA